AUGGGGAGGAAGAAGGUGGAGAUAAAGCGAAUCUCGGACAAGAGCAGCCGCCAAGUGACCUUCUCCAAGCGGCGGAGCGGACUGAUCAAGAAGGCCCGCGAGAUCUCCGUCCUCUGCGACGUCCAGGUAGCCCUCCUCGUCUUCUCCGCCCGCGGCCGCCUCUACGAUUUCUCCGCCGGCGCCGGCAGCUUGACUGAGAUUCUAAAGCGAUAUCGGAGCCACACAGAAGCUGAAGCUUCUAAAGCUGUUAAUGAUGCAGAGAGUACCAAUGAUGAAGUUGCAGCAAUCUGCCCCACUGUCCUAUUGCAAAUUGUUCAGAGGUUUGUGGUUGAAAAUCCAGCUGAUGUACAGCUGACCUUGGAUGACUUUGUACUGCUAGAAGAACAACUUGAUUUGACUCUGAAACUAAUAAGAGCUAGAAAGAAGGAAUUGAUGCUGCAGCCAUUGAAGACCCUCCAGGAAGAGGAAACGAAGCUGAAAGAGGAAAACGAGGUCCUGAAACAGCAGAUUGCAGCAGCCAUGGAGGAAGACGCUGGGGAUGAAACCAACGCGGCUAUGGGUACUAUUGGAGGCUCGGAGCAUGACCCCGUUCGACCAGAAACUCUGCAGUUGCUGCUUUAG